CCCUUCCUCCCAAAAUCCAUACAUACACAGUGAUGGGUAGGUUAGUCCCAAGGGGGUUGGGGAGGGAUGAACCGUGCAGGAAGGGCUGUCAGUGUACGUGGGUAGUUGAAGGGCGCCCUGCCACCGCCAAGAGGUUUAGGGACAGAGGCCUAUGAGGAGAGCAGGGCUGGUCCCCGCGUGGUUGCUCGUGGGUCCGGGGGUGGCGUCCUCGGGUGCCCUCUGGCGGACGGAAGCCGCGCCGCACCUCUGGGGAGAGGGACGCGCACAGCCCGUGUGUCCCGGGCCCCGGUCCUGCCACAGGCGCGCGGGGCACCCCCGCACCCCAACACCUGGGUGCCCAGACCCCCGGACUGAGGUCGCGGAGUGCACAGCGGGGCCCCUGUGCACGCGCCACGUCCUGCCCCCGCCCCUGUGCACGGCCCUCCCUCAGCAGCCGUGGCUUCCCGGUGGCUCCGCCCGCGGCCCAAUUUCCAGGCGACCGUCUCCCGGCGACGGCGCGCGCGGGGCGGGGCGGCCGGGGCCAGAGCGCCGCCUCCGUUCGCGUGCGGGAGCGGGGCUCCAGGUGGCCGCAGGCCGGUGGUGCUCCACCUGCUUGGUAGGAACAGGCGGCGUGCGGGGAUGGCUGGCACUGCCUCCGGGGCCUGCGGUACCCCGGCUGGGCGGCGACCACCCCCCCCCCCCGCGCCCCAGUUGCUGAGUUCUGCAAACGGGGCCGAGAACAAGCCUGAGAGGCAGUAGCAGUGAGGGGGUGCAGGUGGGGGGUCCCUGGCAGACGCCUGGCCCCGGCUGGACAGUGACCCUAUUUGGGGGGUUGGGGUGGGGCGAGUUUGUCUUGGGGACUGCCGCGAUGAAUUCGCUGGCAGCACCCCAGGAUCGCCUGGUGGAACAGCUGCUGUCGCCACGGACCCAGGCCCAGAGGCGGCUCAAGGAUAUCGACAAGCAGUACGUGGGCUUUGCCACACUGCCCAACCAGGUGCACCGGAAGUCUGUGAAGAAGGGCUUUGAUUUCACACUCAUGGUGGCGGGUGAGUCAGGCCUAGGGAAGUCCACCCUGGUCCACAGCCUUUUCCUGACCGACCUGUACAAGGACCGAAAACUGCUAAGUGCUGAGGAGCGUAUUAGCCAGACAGUGGAGAUCCUGAAGCACACGGUGGACAUCGAGGAGAAGGGAGUCAAGCUGAAGCUGACCAUUGUGGACACCCCAGGAUUUGGGGAUGCUGUCAACAACUCUGAGUGCUGGAAGCCCAUCACUGACUACGUGGACCAGCAGUUUGAGCAGUAUUUCCGUGACGAAAGUGGUCUCAACCGUAAGAACAUCCAAGAUAACCGUGUGCACUGCUGCCUGUACUUCAUCUCCCCCUUUGGUCACGGGCUGCGGCCUGUGGAUGUGGGCUUUAUGAAGGCCCUGCAUGAGAAGGUGAACAUUGUGCCACUCAUCGCCAAGGCCGACUGUCUUGUCCCAGGAGAGAUCCGGAAGCUGAAGGAGCGGAUCCGAGAGGAAAUUGACAAGUUCGGGAUCCACGUGUACCAGUUCCCUGAGUGUGACUCGGAUGAAGACGAGGACUUCAAGCAGCAGGACCGGGAACUGAAGGAGAGUGCACCCUUCGCUGUCAUCGGCAGCAACACGGUGGUGGAGGCCAAGGGGCAGCGCGUCCGGGGGCGACUGUACCCCUGGGGGAUCGUGGAGGUGGAGAACCAAGCACACUGCGACUUCGUAAAGCUGCGCAACAUGCUGAUCCGCACCCACAUGCACGACCUCAAGGAUGUGACCUGCGACGUGCACUACGAGAACUACCGGGCGCACUGCAUCCAGCAGAUGACCAGCAAGCUGACCCAGGACAGCCGCAUGGAGAGCCCCAUCCCUAUCUUGCCACUCCCCACGCCUGACGCCGAGACGGAAAAGCUCAUCAGGAUGAAGGAUGAGGAGCUGAGGCGCAUGCAGGAGAUGCUGCAGAAGAUGAAGCAACAAAUGCAGGACCAGUGACCACCACCCCCAGCCCAUGGGGCCACAGAUACACUGCCAGUCCCCGGGGCUGAUCCCUCCCACUCUCAAACCCCAACUGGUUCUGGCCUCCACCCUGGAUUCAUCUGGAUCUCUGAUUAUCUUGGACAUGACCCCAGUCCCAGAGUGGCCCAGAUCUAGACUGUUCCUGGCCUGACCCGCAGAUGAGAGGCCAUCAUUCCCCCAGCCCAACCCUAAUUUAUUCUUAGCAUCAAGCCCUCCCAUCAUUUCUUCUUCCAAGAGACCUGGAUAACAACUCCCCCCCCCUCACAACAGGUCCCCUCUGGCCUUCAGGGGAAUUUAAAUUUGGGCUGUGACUUUUGAGAUUCCCCUCCUCCCCAGAUGGUCACAGCACUCAGUCUCCAGGCCCUGUUCAGGUGGACAGGUAAUCCAAGACAGGAUAGGGAAGUGGAUUCCCCCCAUGCUCCCAUCAACCCCCAGAGUCCCAGGCCCAUUCUCCUACCCAGUACUGCAGAGCAGACUGGGGAACCCUCGUGUGCCUGCACCCCACCCCCCACCCUGGGGUCACUUCUGUGAGCCCUCAUUUUGUGCUGGAUCCUCCCUUACCUACUCACCCCUCACCAAGAAGCUCCACAGACAGCUUGGCCUAGGAAGCAGUUAGGAUUCCUCCAGACCCAAGGCCAGAGGGCUAUGCACAUGGAGUUCCAGGGACUAGAUUGCCCAGGCUCCCCCAUGCCCAGGCCCCAUGGUGACCACUCCAGGAGCUAUGGGCCAUGGAUAAUGCCCUGCAAACUCCCUUCCCCACCCCAAAAAAAUAAUAAUAACCUACACUGUAGGUCUUUACCUGUCCCUGGAGACCCUUCCUAGAGCUCUUCUUCUAAACAGUACAAGCAGGGCUCAUGAACCCUUCCCUCCCCAUCCAUCCACCACAUGCAUGAUCUCUCCCCUAAACCGCACUCUCUACUU